AUGGCCGACUUUCGGCAGCUGGCACUGGAGUUCGUGCUGGCGGACGAUGAGGCGAAACAGACUUCCCUCGCGCAGCAGGCGGCAUCAGGUAACGCUCGACAAAGUCCCAGGGUUGAAAGGUCUGCGCUAACCGCAGAAGAACUCCAAUCGGCACCAGCAAACACAAAUCCAGUAGCUCGCUGGGUGGAGGCUGUGCAGCCAUGGAUGCCAGGGAGCAAUGGCGAUGAGGCCACUGGUGAUAAUGAGACACCCGACUGGACAGGCAGGGCAAAGGCCCUGGAGUUUCUAUCAAGAUCACUGGACUUCCUUGGACCAGAAGUCCUGAAACCUAGUCAAGUCAAGCUGCUCAUCAGCUUCUUUGGUGCCAUGUUCGACGUCGAUCACAAAGCUGGCGUCCUCGCCUCGGCCACGGCUCUCUCACGGAUCACACAGAUGAAAUCAUUCCAGCCAACUAGUGCCGAUGAUAUCAUCCAGAAAAUAUGCACUCUCAAGGACGACUUCUCACGCCAACUGGCCAAGACGCGCCUGUCAGUCUUCGAGCUCCUGCGAUCGCUGAUCACGAACCCAGCUGUGGCGAGUGACCUUCAGUACAAGCACGGUGCUUCCUCCGGUUUCAUGAACGACCUACUAGCCCUGUGCCGGAAUGAGAGAGAUCCGACGUGCUUGAUGGUCUGGUUCGACGUGCUCGCCUUUUUCCUGCAGGAAUAUGAGCCGAGCCAGGAAAUGAUUGAGGAAGUCUUCAACACCUUCAAAGCGUAUUUUCCCAUCACGCUGCCGCGCACAUCGACGAGUGGAAUUACACCGGAGGAGCUGAAGCAACAGCUUCGCAAAUGCUUCACGUCGACACACAAGCUUGCACCUUUGACCUUCCCUUUCUUGCUCGGCAAGCUGGAUCAAGGGGAGGGCGUAACCGUCAACGUCAAGGUGGACAUCUUGAAGACAGUCAAGGCUUGUGCCGAAGCCUACAAAAACCCAGAGCAGACGGUGAAUCCCUAUGUGGACUCCAUCUGGAGCAGCCUCAAGUACGAAGUGCGCAAUGGCGAGAUUGAGGAUACCAUCUGGGCUACCCUCGAGGUUCUCAAGAUCCUGGCUGUACGCCUCAAGGGUGACAACCUGAGAGACUACGCCUUGACCGUGACGAGGGACUGUGUAAAUGAUCUCGCAAACGCUGUCUACACAGCGCCAGCUGGGCGGCUCCUGGUCAGCGUGCUGAGCGCGACGCCCUCUGCAUUCGUUCUCAUGGCAUCCCCGGCAAUCACUCAUGUCAAGGAGAAUCUGCGACACCCGAAAGGACCUGGGCACAGCGGCGAUUUACUAAAGAUACUCCAUGUCAUGCUGGAGACGCGCCUGCUUCUCGUCAGCACAGACAUGGGACCACAAGAGCGGAGCGAGUUUGCAGCCAUUGACACAGUUUUCACGUCGCUGUACGAUGAUGUAUACAAGAAGCCUCUGGAGCAAGCCGUCAAGCCUGAAGCCUCGUAUGACGACCACAAACUCGCCGCGCAAGCGGUGCAGGGGGCUGGCGCCCUGGUAUGCCAAAAGGCUGCGAAAUCGACAGCCGUGGCAAAUGUAGAUGCAUCUCGCCUAUUGCCCGGAGACAAGUGCCUGGUUAUCUGCGACACACUGUUCAGUAUCAUCGAGCAAACGAGGAUCAACGAAGACCAGAAUCGAACGACGGCCUCCGACGAGCUGGCCAGCGAAACGACAAAGGCCCUUCAACGUUCAGUGACCUCAUACAACUCUGCCUACGUGCCCCAUGUGCGUCGUGGCCUGGAUAUCAUCCGCAGUGCCCGGAAAACCGAGUCGCCCCAAUCAGUCUCGACUGUCCAGUCGCUUGGCCUUCUGCUCGCCUAUGUUGGCUGCUCCGAGCUGCCGGCUGUCCCUUCCCAGGGACUCGACAACUUCAUCCUCAUCACAAAGGCUAUGUACCUUGAGCUCAUUGCCUCCAUUGAGGAGAAGAGCAGUGCGUCCGUUCGGUGCGCUUUCACUGCUUGCCUUCAGGCUGCUGUCCGAUGUUUUCGCGAUGCAUGCUCCAGCAUUGAGACCGCUGGUAGCACAGCCCUUGACAGCGAAUGGAUUUCGUCUAUCGCACAGCGAUACCCUGGCCUUGAGGACCCUCACGCCCAGCCAGCGAAGGCUACUGCAGCUGCAUCGCCUGGGCAGGUGAGGACAGACUUCCUGCUCAUCAGCUUGUACUUUGUUCGUCAGCUGUACCAGAGGGCUACGAAGCCUUCAGGCACGCGCCUCGAGUUGAGCGAUGAGUUCGCGACCAUGGAAGAAGGGGCAUCAAGCCAGCUGCUUCAUCUGUUGGGUGGACUCGCUGGUUUCGUGGUCCACGAGCUCUCGGAGGCGGAGCAAUUGUCGCUCAAAGCAUCAUCCUUCGUCAUGCACCUCUUCCGCGAGGAUGCAGUGACAAUACCGCAAGCGGGUACACAGGUUGAACCAUCUGAAUGGAGCUGGAUAGCUACCUCCAGGCUGAACGUUCUCACCUUUGGGAUCCUGGAGGCACUACGUCCUGCGGCCGUUGCACAAUUGUAUGGCGCUGGCGUGGCUCAAUCCAUCCUCAUCCAAAGCGUGACAUCAGACGCGUCGUCCGCAGACCCGACAACCGCUUUCGUUCUGCGCGCUAUCCUCACCAUCCUUGCCAAUAAGCACAAGCUUGAGACAGUAGAGCCAGUGAUGGAGAUUAUCAACCAGCAAGUGGAGGUGAUCUUGGCCAAUGAGGCGGAUAAUGGCACGUUGACCAAAGCAACAUCCAUCUUUGCGAUUGCAGCUGGCAUGCUCCGUCGAUACAGCGGCAAACAGGCCUCAGGGCUACUGCGUCUGCUAAGAGAAUCGCCCAAGUCCUCGGCCUUGGGCCAAAGUCUGUCUCGUCGCCUGGAGAUGGUCGUCGCCCCUCAAAAGCCUCUCACAAAAGACAACUUUGCCAUUGUCAAGCCGCUGUGGAUGCAGAAGCUCUACUUUGAGCUGGCGAAGCCCAUGACACCACAAGCGCUGGGCCAGGACUCCUCAGUACAGGAUCGAGUCAUCAGGUUGAACCUGAGCAUCGGCACGCUCAUGUUGGUCAAGCACAUGCCCUUCUCCAUCUACGAAGGGGACGCCGAGAGCAUCCUCCGCAUAGCCAUAUUUGUAGCGCAGACCAUUGGCUCAGGCCCGGAUGUGGUGGCUGCCUUGCACGUUCUGCGAAACAUCCUCGUGGAAGCCUCUGCCAAAGGCGAGUCGCACUUGGCAAGCAUCAUCGCCAUCUGCACGGCCGCCUUCUCGAGCAAGCCACAUGUUACCCCGGAAUGGUUGCCUGCGAGCUACACGUCUGCGUCAGCCGACGAUGUGGAAUCGCAAGCCGAGAGUUGCGAAGCCGCGCUGGAAAUUAUGGGCGGCCUACCGAGGAUGUUCGAGUCGAGGUACCUGGUGCCCUCCGCGCCCAAGGUCGAGCGCGAGCUGACACUGGCCUGUGGCAACCCAGUCCGCAAUGUGAGGAAGUUGGCGCGAGCUGCGAGAGCCGCGUGGAAGGAGUUGAGAUGA